AUGCCCUACACUCUCUAUGACGGAUCCAUCGUCCAGGCCAAGGGUGCCGUCGCCUCCCUGAUCCACCUCGUCGAGCUGGCCGAAAAACAACCCAACGCCGAUGCCAUCCUCACUGCCUCCCUUCACCCCACCAUGAAGGGCUUCACCUUCCAGAUUUUCGUUGUCCUCUGGCUCUCCGAGACGAUGCUGGCCAAAUUGACCGGUCGGGAGGCUGCCUCUGUCGAGAACAACAUCACCACAUACGCCGAGGCAAAGGAGCGCCUUGGAGCUUUGCACAAGGCUCUCUCCGAGGCCGAUAAGGAUGUUGUUAACAAGAACGGUGACGUCGUGGGUCCCGUGAAGAUAGGUCCGCAAGACCUCGGCGAGCACACUGCUGCUUACCACGCCACUUCUGUUCUUUUGCCCAAUGUUUACUUCCAUCUCACUACCGCCUACGGUAUCAUGAGAAAGGAGGGAGUACCGCUAGAGAAGCCGGACUACCUCAAAAACUUCGUCACAGCCCCGCUGGCUUAG